ACAUUUCUGUCAACGAAGAUUUGCGUCAUAGCCUGCGACAUACGUUUCUAUCAGCAGGGCGGGAUGCCAGGUAGGUGGCUGUUGUAAACAAACCGGCGGCUGUGUGAUGGGCCAUGGAUUCCAAAGGGAAAAAGAGAAAAAUAACCGAAGAGAACAGAGGAUUAAACGUUUCUUGGACCGAAUCAUUUGCAUUUAUUGAAUUCAUCUUACAUGCCCGAUGUCGAGAAGCUGACCAGUCAUGUCCGUAAACGGAAGUCACAUUAAACUGGUAAGAACACAAUCCUCUGAUAGGCACAUAUUUAUUAACAAAGUGGCUGUUUUUAUAAAGUGAUUUUUGUGAGUAUAUAUUUGGAAUGACACUUAGGGAUAUUAUUAUGUUUUGUUGCUCGGGUCCUAGUGUUACAGGCAUUUGCCUUGGACAGCUAUGUAGGGUGGGCUUACCUGACCUUUGAACCAGGAAGUUCGUACGGUGUGAAAUGCCUCGGGGCUGGAAUGUUAAAAUAAAGUUGGUUGGGGCUAAUAUAGGCUAAUAUAGCUAAUAUAGAUAAUAUAGAUAAUGUAGAUAAUAUAGAUACAUACAGCAUGUUUUGCCUUCGUUAUAAGGCUCAUAUAGGUUUUGAAUUUUUGCGGCUCCAGGCAUAAUUUUUGUUUUUUGGUCCAAUAUGGCUUUUUCAACAUUUUGGGUUGCCGACCCUUGGACUAAACGAUAUCAUCACAGACGUGCAACUCCACUUGGACUUUGACAUGAACGACUCGAAUCUUCGCUGGGAUCUACUUGAGAUAUUCACUCAAUGUAUUGUUUACAUGUGUCGCCAUUCAAAAUAUUAAGAUAACAUAAUAGUUAUUGUGCCAUUUCCAGCCUUGACACCAUUAAAAUGUCCCCCCCGCCCACUUGGACGCCCCUGCUGAGGGGAGUCUCGCUGUGCCACAGUCAAAUCAAAUGUACUUGGUGUCAAUCUGGUCAAAAUGAUGAUAUAGAUACAGUAUUAUAUAUUUAUAAUUGAUGCAGAUGUAUGUACUCACAGCGUCUUUUGACAGGAUUGUAUCCACCAUUAUGAAUUUAGAGGCUCCUAAUAGACAUAAAGGUGCCUGCAAAAUCAAUAUCGCCCAGUUACCAGAGCACCAGUGCAUUCCUCUUUCUCCCGGACUCGCUGUCUCUAUUACUUUCUCACAUUACAUGAUUUAAUUCUCCCACUCGUCUCCGAGUCUCAUUAAGACUGCUGCUGUGCUGGAUCGCUUUUCCUCUUUUCUGCCCCAGCGCCCCCCUCCCCGCCGUCACUUUGUGCAGCGCCAGAGCUCAAUUCAGCACCCUUUUCAAUACCUCUCAUAAACAAUGUGUCAGAUGUAUAGCCGGGCGGCGGCGGUGGCGGGUCGGAAGUGGGUGAGCGGGAGGCAUCCAAUUAAAAGCACAAUGCAUUAUGAUUCUGCGCCCCCCCCCUCCCCUCCUCUUUAUCCGCUCUCCUCUUCCCACUGCUGUCUUCUGAAGCCCUUUUGGAUUACAUAACAGCUCAGUGUCAAAACAGCCGGCCUGUGGAGGACAAGUUAAGGGGGUCUUCACCAGUGAUGCGGACCGCCGACUGGACUCUCCCCAUCAGCUUUUGUGCUGCCCCCGUCUCCCCACUCCACGACUCCUCAUCCUGCCUCCCCCUCUGUGCCACAUGCACACACCCACCAGCCCACCCUCUCCCUGCCUUCCUCCUUCGCACACACACACACACACUUCCACUCAAUCAUGAAUGCACAUGGAUUGCAGCAGCGGCAGCAUCAGCACCGCGAGAUGGAGAUGUCCGCUGUGAGUACCUAUUCCCGGUGAGUGCAGGCACAAUGUUGAGUGAGUGUCAGUGUUUGCUGGAGAGAGAGAGAGAGAGAGAGAGAGAGAACUGAAUGAAGGGAAGCGCAUAAAAGCUAUCAGGAGGGCAAUGUCUGUCUGCUUUACGCAAUCCCAUCCGCUAAAAUCUUUUACCGGAUAUGCCACAACUAUUCCAGCUGUCACUGCACCGGCUGCCUCUCUCUCGGUCCUCCCCCAGCCUCUGAGAGCUGGACACAACCUCGAACGCACGGAUGGACACCCGGCACACAGGGGAUCGGCGCUCCCUUGUCCUUUGCACCUGUGAUCUGCGUCUCAAGGAACUAUGGUGAGUAAAGACGACGCCAAAAGCAUCGUCGUGUCAGACACCGAUGAAUCAGAUUCCGACACGGACCUUGCACACAACCUGGAUGCGCAUUCCGGGCAGCAGGUGAAGAAGAAAAACAAGGCCUUACAGGUGCGUUUUAAGGAUAUCUGCGAGGCGCAGAAGGAGCACAGAGGGAAACACUCCAGAUCCAUUUCCUGUAAAGUGACACACCGCCAGUACAUGACCAUGCCCGCCAGACGCUCCAUUCCUAACGUGACCAGGAGCACCGGCGUGCAGACGUCACCAGACCUGACUAAACGAUACAAGACUUUUCCCUUCGAGAGGAAAAAGGGACACACGUUUAAGCACGCGGCUUUAGUGGAAGACUACAGAGGACAAAACAAUGGCUUUUUGAGUGACAUAAAAGCGGUCGGAGAAGACGGACAGCCCAUCGGGGUGUCGUCCAAGUACAAGGGUAAGAUUGUGGGGCAGACCAAGGUUUUGCUUCACCACACAGACGACAGCAGCGAUGCGGAGGAUUUGAUUUGCGAUGCCAACUGCGUGGACGGACCCUCCUGUUCAGACUCUCAUUUCUCGCAUGAGUCGCGUCUGAACAACCCCCCUUCUAAAAGUGAACCGGAGCACCAGGAUUGCGGGACAAGGACCAAACAUAAAGGAUUACCCCGAGAAGAUAUGGACACCGGCGCCCCCUCCAAGACUCUGUUGGCUAACUCUGAGUUUCCAAAGGGCGGGGGCCCUGUGGCAUGGAAUUCUUUGACACAAGUGGAGUCCUUCGGAAGCCCGUCAAAGGCUUGCAAAAGAAAGAAGGGACCGCCGCACUUGAGCGAGCAGCAGUCCCAGACGCUUCCCCACAGUGGCAAAUGUUCGGCACAGUCGCAAGGGCACUGUCGGAUGAGGCACGCGUCGGCGUCUUCCAAACUCCAUCAGACCCUUGGGAUGGGAGAGGGCUUACCUCCGGGGAAGACCGGACCACCCGGGGUGGGGACGGCCCAGCAUAUAAUUCCCUUAUCUGAAGACACGGAUAUCAAAGCACAGCUGCAGGCCAUGGAGACUCUCAUCAACUCCAGCCAGGAGACCAUCAAGGUCCUACUUGGAGUUAUUCAGGAGCUGGAGAAAGGUGAAGCGCAGAGAGAGGGGCUCACCUACCGAACGGGACAAGACACGGCCAAUUGCGACACUUGUCGGAACAGCGCAUGCAUCAUUUACAGUGUGGAGCUGGACUUCAAGCUGCAGGAGGACAAGCUGCAGCCCCUGAUGAAGAGACUUUGCCCCAUGGACAGCCAACAGUGUCCCCCCCUGCCUUACUCCAACGAAGUGUUCACAUCCACGCCCAAGCGCAAAUCCAAGUCAGACUCGAAGAAGCACGCCCGAUGGAAACUCUGGUUCCUUUGAACGGAACAUGAAUUCUUUGGGUCCUUUUGUUGGGGCACAGUAAUCACCCUUGCUGGUCUCAGAAUGGAUGAAAGAAUAUUCCGGGGGGAGGAAUCAAGCCGAGAGGAUGGAUAACUGGCGGAGAAGCGACAUUGUUGGGGUUCCGAGCUGAGACUGUUAAACCGGCAGGAAGCUAGCUCGCGGGGAAAAUACUACAGACAUAUAUUUUUAACUCUGCCAAAACUUUUUCUGGCAUUUUAGCUGGAGAGGAUGAACUGAUACCUGCAAAUCCAGAGCAUCCUGCUUGGCAAGAAGAGGAGGCGCCACGUCGGAAGACCUUUCAUUUGCGAAGGUGUAACGUGUGAAUGGACACCACCUCCGGCACAAAGCACAAACGUGACGAUUUAAAAGGGACUACAGUCAACAUGGCAGCAACAGCAGUAGCAGCAAGUGUUCCCCGUAACGAUGUUUUGCGCUCUCUCGCCUGCCUCUUUUAUCCGUCAACUUCCUGCUCAGCAGAGCGCUCGCCGCCUGCCAGCCUUGACAACCUCUCCCCCCCCCACCUCCUUCUUUCUCUUCUGUAACUUCUUUUUCAUUCAGCGCCCUGUGCAACAAGCCACCAUCGCCUUAGUCAUAAUGUUUUCUUCUCCCCAUAAUGGAAGGUACACGGAGUUGAGAAUGCGUAUUUUGCUCAGUGGCCAUAUUUACCGCACUGUAAUGUAUUUUUUUUUCCGCAGGCUUUUUGUACCUGAAGCUUGAGAAAGGGGCUGAAUGUUGCAGUUUUAAGAUUCAGGCCGACCGAUGGAGUACAUGAUGGGGUUGUAAAAAGUAGUCGUUGGUAGUUUUUACAGCCAACUUGCGCGACUAGUCUGCCGUAAAAAACAGCCUGCAGAAAAUACAGCCUGUAAAUAUAGCCACUGCUGAUAUUUUUUAUAUUGUAAUCUACAUAUUUAUAGCAAACGGAAUGACAUUUUAUGGCUGGAAACGCAAGAUUUGAGAUACCGCUUCCUUGGUAUCGGACGUAUGUGCGGUGGUUGGUUUCUGCAGAUGUUUGCUGAUGUUGUGAGGAUUGUUUGUGGUUAUGACGCAGGGACUAGUGAUGUGCGAGACCACUGAUUUAGUUUCCGAUACGAUCCGGAGUAAAAUUCAGGCUGGUAUCGGCAAUACCGAUCCCAUAUUUAAAAAGUAUAGUAUAAA